AUGGAUGGUGAGGGCGUGGCCCAUCGGGUCCAGUCAAAUGAUGAGAUGGUGAAAGAUACGUACCGCCUGUCGCUACCGCUACCGCGACUACCACCUUAG